UUCUCUCUCGGCAAGAUGGCCACACCGGCGGUACCGGCGAGCGCGUCUCCCGCCACCGCAACCGAAACCCCGGCUGUGGCCUCAGACCCGGCCCCGACCCAGACUCCAGCCCCAGCCUCCGGCUCAGCGCCGGCUCCAGCGGCGGUUCCAGCUCCAGCGCCGGCUCCCGCCUCAUCCUCAGACCCGGCGGCCACCAGCGCGGCUCCGGGCCAGCCCCCGGCCUCAGCGCCGGCCGCGGCGCAGACGCCGGCGCAGUCGCUGCCCGGCCCUGCUCUCCCAGGCCCCUUCCCCGGAGGCCGCGUGGUCCGGCUGCACCCGGUCAUUUUGGCCUCCAUCGUGGACAGCUACGAGCGGCGCAACGAGGGCGCUGCGCGCGUUAUCGGGACCCUGCUGGGAACCGUUGACAAGCACUCAGUGGAAGUCACCAAUUGCUUUUCAGUGCCACACAAUGAGUCAGAAGAUGAGGUGGCUGUUGAUAUGGAAUUUGCUAAGAACAUGUAUGAAUUGCACAAGAAAGUCUCUCCAAAUGAGCUCAUCCUGGGCUGGUACGCUACAGGCCAUGACAUCACAGAGCACUCAGUGCUGAUCCAUGAGUAUUACAGCCGGGAAGCCCCCAACCCCAUUCACCUCACGGUGGACACGAGCCUCCAGAACGGCCGCAUGAGCAUCAAGGCCUACGUCAGCACUUUAAUGGGUGUUCCUGGGAGGACCAUGGGGGUGAUGUUCACACCUCUGACAGUGAAAUACACAUAUUAUGACACUGAACGCAUUGGAGUUGACCUGAUCAUGAAGACCUGUUUUAGCCCCAACCGGGUGAUCGGCCUCUCCAGUGACUUGCAGCAGGUGGGCGGGGCAUCGGCUCGCAUCCAGGAUGCCCUCAGCACAGUGCUGCAGUAUGCGGAGGACGUGCUGUCUGGGAAGGUGUCAGCCGACAAUACCGUGGGCCGCUUCUUGAUGAGUCUGGUUAACCAAGUACCCAAAAUAGUUCCUGAGGACUUCGAGACCAUGCUCAACAGCAACAUCAACGACCUGCUGAUGGUGACCUACCUGGCCAAUCUCACACAGUCACAAAUUGCCCUCAAUGAGAAACUUGUGAACCUGUGAGUGGCCCGCAAGCAGCCCUCCUGCCAACCCUGGGAUUCAGAAUGGAGUGAAGGAGAGAUGGUUUCUUUGUGGUUUGAGUCACACUGAGUCAGUCAACUGCUUAUGACUCUAAAUAAACAUAGCCUGCCUUUUGUAAAUGAA